CUCUGCAGCGCAUUGGCCCUCCAGGGCAAGAUUUGAGGAACCCUGCUCUACUAUAUCAGUGUCAUUUCCAGCACAAGAUUUAGCCAGUCUGAGAGAUGGACAUUUCUCUAAUGGAGUUUGCUAAAGCUGACGCAGUGGUGCAGUCCGCGAGAGGCAAUGGCAGAGGUGUAGAGGGAGAGAGAGGAAUCCAGCGUCCUGACAGCUUGACUGCAAACCCGCAGCUGUGACCCACUGACCCGCGGACAGCACACCCGGACCCGGCACACCCGAGCCUGCGGACCGCCAGAGACUCGCAGCUCAGCAGGGCUUUCUCAAACUCAGUUAAAGCCGAAGCCACGCACCAUGUCCUUAAAACCGCGGGUGGUGGAUUUCGAUGAGACGUGGAACAAGCUCCUGACGACAAUCAGAGCGGUUGUGAUGCUUGAUUACGUGGAGAGAGCAACAUGGAACGACCGCUUCUCUGACAUUUAUGCGCUGUGUGUUGCGUAUCCAGAGCCUUUAGGGGAAAGACUGUACACUGAGACAAAGGUGUUUCUGGAAAAUCACGUCCGUCAGUUGUUCAAGAGAGUCCUGGAGUCGGAGGAGAAGGUUUUGGGGAUGUAUCACAGAUACUGGGAGGAAUACAGCAAAGGUGCUGAGUACAUGGAUUGCUUAUACAGGUACCUUAACACACAGUUUAUUAAGAAGAACAAGCUGACCGAAGCAGACCUGCAGUACGGAUACGGAGGAGUGGAUAUGAAUGAGCCCUUAAUGGAGAUUGGAGAGCUUGCACUUGACAUGUGGCGGAAGUUAAUGAUUGAGCCCCUUCAGCCGAUGCUGAUCGGGAUGCUUCUGAAAGAGAUCAAGAACGACCGAAGUGGGGAGGACCCAAAUCAGAAAGUAAUCCAUGGGGUUAUCAACUCCUUUGUUCAUGUUGAACAGUACAAGAAAAAGUUUCCUCUAAAGUUUUAUCAGGAGAUCUUUGAGGGGCCGUUCCUGACAAAAACCGGAGAGUAUUACAAACAGGAAGCCUCCAAUCUACUGCAGGAGUCCAACUGCUCCCAGUAUAUGGAGAAGGUGAGAUGCUGUAAUCAUAACCUGAACACUCCACUAUUUCUGAAACCCAGCUCUUACGCCAAAGUCAUCCAUGAAUGUCAGCAGAGGAUGGUGGCCGAUCACCUGCAGUUCCUGCACGGAGAGUGUCAAAAUAUCAUCAGACAAGAAAAGAGAGACGAUAUGGCGAAUAUGUACACGCUACUGCGAGCCGUGUCCAGCGGCUUACCUCACAUGAUCCAGGAGCUCCAGGUCCACAUCCACGAUGAGGGUCUCAGAGCCACCAGUAACCUCUCUCAGGAAAACAUGCCAACCCAGUUUGUGGAGUCAGUGUUGGAGGUUCAUAGUAAAUUUGUCCAGUUGAUUAACACAGUGUUGAAUGGGGACCAACACUUCAUGAGUGCGCUUGAUAAGGCCUUGACUUCAGUAGUGAACUACAGAGAGCCCAAAUCCAUCUGCAAAGCGCCUGAGCUGCUGGCCAAGUACUGUGACAAUCUGUUGAAGAAAUCUGCAAAAGGAAUGACGGAGAAUGAAGUGGAGGACAAACUGACCAGCUUCAUCACGGUCUUCAAAUACAUUGAUGACAAAGAUGUGUUUCAGAAGUUUUACGCCAGAAUGCUUGCAAAGAGGUUAAUACAUGGACUUUCAUUAUCCAUGGACUCCGAGGAAGCCAUGAUCAACAAACUGAAGCAAGCGUGUGGCUAUGAAUUCACGAGCAAACUGCACAGAAUGUACACUGAUAUGAGCGUCAGCACCGACCUCAACAACAAAUUCAACAACUUUAUCAAAACCCAGGAGACCGUUGUGGACCUGGGCAUCAGCUUCCAGAUUUAUGUAUUACAGGCAGGCGCGUGGCCCCUCACACAUGUCCCCUCUUCCACGUUUGCCAUCCCGCAGGAGCUGGAGAAAAGUGUACAAAUGUUUGAGUUGUUUUAUAACCAGCACUUCAGCGGAAGGAAGCUGACCUGGCUGCAUUAUCUCUGCACAGGCGAGGUAAAGAUGAAUUAUCUGUCCAAGCCCUACGUGGCGGUGGUGACCACCUAUCAGAUGGCCGUUCUGCUGGCGUUCAACAACAGCGAGACUGUGAGCUACAAAGAACUGCAGGACAGCACGCAGAUGAACGAGAAGGAGCUCCAGAAGACCAUUAAAUCCCUGCUGGACGUCAAGAUGAUCAGCCACGACUCGCAGAAAGAGGAGAUCGAAGCCGAAUCCACGUUUUCCCUAAUUAUGAGUUUCACCAGUAAAAGAACAAAGUUCAAGAUCACAACAUCGAUGCAGAAAGACACGCCACAGGGUUUUAUUAAAGACAGUGAUUCUUUGAUUUAA